GAAGAAUUACUCAUGCAACCUAUCUAUGCACAUUCUUGCCUUGCAAGUUUCCCCUUCUUACGAAAGAAAGAAAGAAAGAAAGGCGGAUUGGUGGUGGGGAGGAUGCGCGCCAUCUCAUCUGAUGUCUUGUCAUGUCGUUGCAUCUCUACUGUCUUUCCCCCCCCCCCGCCUUGCAAUUCUUUACAUCAGAUCAUUGACAAGUCUUUUCUUUCCUGGUUGCUGGUCAGCCUUAACGACCCUCUUUGCCGGCUGGCACUUCCGACAAGCAAAUAGCGAGUAGCAGCUACCAUGCCUUCCCGCUCUCACACGUCAGGCCCUCAAU